AUGCUUACGAUUAAAAUAACAGGAUCCAAGAUUUUUUGUUACUUAAUAUGCGAUAGUAAAAUUUUAUUCCUAACGCACGGAUACAUACAAUCUUUUAUUGAUUUAAUUCAAAUGUGUAAAGAAAAUGGUUUCUGUCCCAUGUCCACAGAGCAGGUUCACAUCUACAGGAUUAAAAAUUUUCUGUUCUUAAUGAUCACAUGUAUGAUUAACAAUUUCAGAAAUAUUAUGAACUUUUGCAUAAGUUAUGCUUCAGGUCACAGCAAAUAUCUGUCUAAUGAUUAUUGUAGUGGCUCAUUUGUGUGUAGACUUAAAGAGAAAAAAGGUAAUUCCUUUUUAAUUGGGCACAAGGUUCAAAAAUAUUUUAUUUGUCCAAAUAACAUUAUUUCCUUUUUACAACAGAAAAGGAGAUGUGUUUCAUAUGAACAUAAACUUUUAAAAUAA